CUCCCAGUUUGUGGACGUUCACGCGCAGGCUCGCUCGCGCGCGCACUCGCACUCACGGGCACGAGCGUGAACUUGUCAGGGCAUAUUUAUAAUGUGGAGGUUUUUCAAGCCGAGCCUGAGGAACAUCUUUACCACACACCUCAGGAUGUCGUCUGAACAGCUGGGAGAGUUGGGGAAAGGUGCAGGGAAGGGAGGAGGAGGAGGCGGCGCAGUCAGGGAGGCAGGAGGAGCGUUUGGAAAGAGGCAGGCCGCCGAGGAAGAGAUGUAUUUCAAGAAGAAGGAGCGGGAGCAGAUAGCUGGUCUUAGACAACAUCAUCAGGAAGAAAUCAAUCACCACCAGAAGGAGAUUGAGCGUCUUCAAGAAGAGAUCAGCCGCCACGAGGGCAAAAUUCGCCAAUUAAAAAAGCAUGACUGAGACUAGUGCAAAUUAAUAAUUAAUGAGAGCUCUUUGCCAGAUCUUCCAACUAACAGUGUUGCACGUUUGGUGGCUUUUUGUAAGUUUUAUUAGUUGUGCAUGAUCGUUAAAAUAGAAUAAAAGAAGGAAAAUAAUUAA